AUGGCGAUUCCGAACAGCCGAAACUUCGCCAACUGCUACAUGGAACUGUGCAAGCAGCAACGUCUGCGCCCGUUGCCGGUCAUCUGCGUCACCUUGCCUCACAGUUUAGACUUCACCACUGACCGCGUGAAGAUGGACGACUGGGGCCCGAUCUUGAAUUCCCUGUCGCUCGAUCGUAGCCUACGGUCGAUCAGCGUGCGCAGCAGGUACCAAUGCCGGAAACCGUUGGAGGAGAUCAACUCGGAGGACAAGGCGAGAACGAUGGGCAAGGCGCCGGUCGUGUUGUCCAGAUACUUUCUCGAAUGGUUGUCGCACAGCGUGGCACAGUGUGUGAGGAACUCGCCUGUUCUCACUAACCUGGAGCUGGAAGGUAUCCCCUUGCCGCCAGAUUGCCUGGCGGUGCUCUGCGUUGGCCUGUCGCACACGCACACGCUGCACUAUCUCUCUCUGCAGCGUUGUUACAUCGGCGACAGCUCUUGCGAGGUGUUGUGCCGCACGGUGGCCGACGUCACGAGCAUCAGGUCGCUGAAUCUCAGCUACUGCGACCUGACGUGCAAGUGCGGCCCGGCACUGGCCGCGGCGUUGUGCAGGCAGAAGUUGCUGCUUUACCACGACACUUGGAAACAGUCGCUCAGGUACCAGGAACCGAAUCUCGAGGCAAUGCCCGGGUUACGUCGUUUGACGUUGAACGACAAUCCUCAGCUGGGUGACGCGGCGGUCGUCGAGCUGAUCGAGGCGGUGAGGGACAGCCUCUGGUUGAAAGCGUUGGACCUGCAACGCUGUGGACUGACCGACCAGAUCGGCAAGGAUCUCUUGGAGUUGUUGGAUCAUAACAACACCCUGAGCGUCCUGGACGUUCGGCAGAACGUGAACUUGAACGAGGCUCUGGUGAAGGAGGUGAUCAAAAGGUUGGAGGAGAACAACGCGGAGACGAAGUCUGAGUACAGGUGGUUAAGUCUGCCUAAACACGAUCGACGAGUGGCGUCGGCUGGCGAGAAGAGGAACGAGAACGAAAAUCGCAGGCAACCUCCAGGGAUCAGGCCACGCAGCGCUAUGACAGAGUACAAGAGGCCUUAUCAGCCAGCCCACCUGAGGAGAGCGAAUCUGGCCAAUCCAGCGAACAACGGGAAAAAAACGAAGACGAGACCUCACGUCCCGCCGUAUAAGAACAGGCAGUCGCGUCAACAGGAGCAACAACAGCAGAUAGAAAACGGUCAGGCCAAGUCGAAGAUAUCUCUCCACCUGGAUCUUCAGUCGCACAUUCAACCUGUGAUGGGCGACGUUCGUCAGAGUAACGUUCGAUCUUACGCGAACAGCGUCCAAGUGGACACCGACAGGUCCACUUCUUCGAAGAAUUUAGAGUCCUUGACGAAGAUCGAUGCCGCGACGCAGAUGACCGACGAUCAUCCGGAGACCGAAGACUCCGUCAGAAUUCAGAAGAUCCAGAUUCAAUUGGCCGAGGCGAGGGCCGAGCACGAUCGUCUCCUCGAGCAGACGAGUCGAAGCGGUUUGCUACUUGCCGAGGAGCGCGAGCGGCGCGAGGCUGCCGAGGAGCAGUUGGACGCGAUGAAGAGCAAUCUGACAGAGCUGGAGAACGCGUUGAGAGAGAAGGAAGAGGAAACGAACGGGUAUCUGCUGCUUAGCCAGCAGUCUUUCGAGGAGAUCUGCAGCUCCUUUGAUAGGUUGCUGAGCAUGCUGGACACCGUGACGAAGAAUUCGAGCGCUAAUCGGAGAGACACGGUCGAGGCAGCCAUUGUCAGGGCCGACAUAAAAAGGCGGGUCGCCUCUGUGAUCCGAGAGACGAAAUCGGAGAAUCUGAGGCGGGGAUUCAUCGUCGACAUCGACGAGGACGACUCGAUCCGGUACGCGGAACCGAUGAAAAAGUUCGCCAAAUCGGAGAGCGACGUGAGAUCCGCGUUGCCGCCGAUAUCGAUGUUGCACUUGGAGAGGAACAUAGGCGACAGUUCGGACGUGUGUUCACCGACUAUGCAGAGGGUUCUGCGUCACGCGAAGGACACGAUGUCUCCCAGAGCGAGGGCCAGAGCGUUAUUCGCCCAAAUUAUCCAAGGGGACGCUGUGCUGGAUUUUCGCAUUCACAUGGAUUAG